AUGAAGGGGGCGGCCACCGAACCCAGCGGCGGAGAGGCGCAAGCCAUUGCGUCUGUUCCCUCCACCGUUGACACGCCUUCGGAAAUGGUGCCUCACCGGCCUCGCCGCUCGGCCGCGGCCGCAGCAGAUGCAGCGAUUUCUCGCUUUUUUGCUCCCGCUUCUCGAGAACCGGGGUGGGAACAUGUUGGUGAAUCUCGCAGAGCUCGUGUCCGGCCAGCUCAAGCCUCUUCGCGAGGUGUUGGUGGGAGAAACCCGCACACUCCGGGGAGCAACUCUGCUACGCGCACACAGCCAGAGUCACGACGUGAGCGGCGGAAGCGGCAGAGGUCGGAGAAACGCAUGCAGACUUGUCUGGAGACCUCUGGCGCGGAGGCAGUCCUCGCCUCGAAGUCGGGAGAGCCUUUUGGAGGCGCUGAGACAGAGGCGUCGUGCCUCUACGGAGGCGCAAGCGACGCAAAUUCGAUUCCGCGUCCUUCAGUGCAGGAGGUGUCAGCGGCGACACCUGUUAAUUCUAUUCAGCAGGCGCUUCACCCAGUUCAAAUCACUGACCGACGCCUCGCGACAGAAGGACGAGGCGAACCCUCCACAACGAGCAGGCCGUCGAGCCAACCAGGAGAGCCUGGAAAACCCAGAGGUCAAGUGGAUGAGAUCGCAGGUGCUCUGAAGGGAAUUGCAGCGGCUCUUCGAGGACUCGAGACACCUGAGGCGGCGGCUGGGAACGCGGCCACUAAACCUGUCGGGUCCUGGGGUUUCUUCUGUAUGGGGUGGGGGCAGCCGCCCCCGGGAUUUUCCAUUCCUGCGCUGCAGCAACCUGGAUUCGUCGGUGUCACUUCCCCCUAUCCGCCAGAGGACGGUAGCGCGGGCGUCUGGGGAAACCCCAGCUCUGUGGUCUUGCCGGCGGAACGAGUGCCGGCGCCUGCUCGCGGAUCUGUAACUGUCCUGCCAUCGUCUGUGCGAGCACCGAUGCGAGUCUCAUUUGUCCCCUCAGCGGUGCCAGCAUCGUCCGUGUCAGCUGCAGCGAUUCCAGGAUCCACGCUGCAAGGAGCGACGGUCCCACUCUCGUGGGUCGCAUCUGGUCCAGGCACCCCGGUGCCUGCGCCAGUGUCCACAGCUGUGCCGGCUUCUGCCGCAUGUGCACCUACGCGAACAACAGAGCCGGUGGCUUCAGCAGAGGGAUCGUACUUUUCUCUGGGUCCAGCCACUCUUCUGACCGAACCCCACCACGGCGCCGCCGGCGUCAACGCAUGCGGCUGGAAUGCUGAGUGCGUCGUGGCUGCGCGUUCUCCCUUGAAUUCGAGCAGCAGACAUGGGAAGCGAAUGACGUGUGAGUGGAGCGACAGGAACGUGUCAUCCGCUCCAAAGGUUGUUGAAGAUGGACUUCUUAGAAUGUAG